GAGUGCACGAUGGACCCCAAGCUACAACCCUGCCACCACAAACAACCCAUACGGUCAACAAUGGCAUUCCAAUCGGCUAGCCAGCAUCUACCUAGAUGGUACAGCGACGUUCAGCUACCUGCACCUAACCGAACCACUAACCGACCAACGUAAAGAUCAAGCUCUCGCAGUGGUAACGAUCAUAUGAUCUCCCAAUGCGAUCUCCAGCAUCCUGCUCAAAUCCAUCACCAUCAUCGUCAUCACCAUCAUCAACCGCCGUAGGAGUGAUAAGGAGGGCUGGACCUUGGUGAUAAGAGAAAUAAAAUUCGCUCAUGAGAACUAGGGCACAAAUCAUCGCAUCGAGUGUUCAGAGGACUGACGGACCGGACGAGUCGGAGCGAUAGUCAGUCCACAUCCAACCGGCAACCAACCACCAUUGGCAGCGGAGCCACGGCCGUUUUAAAUCUCGUUCGUUUGUAAAUCUCGUAUUUUAGUGUGUUAGUUGAUAAGAAUUAAUUGGGAAUUAGCGAAAAACCCAAAGCAAACGCCCUAAGGCUGAAGACGUGCUUCUUAAUCCAAGUGAACCAAAUCGUCUGUGUGGCUGGACCCAAUCAAUUUAUCGAUGUUGGGGGCUGGAAUUUUCACCACUGUUCGCUACGGAGCUGUCUAACGAAGGUAACCGGAUCCUCCCCCAAACAUUUUGGUCCUUCGAACCGGAUUGGGACCACACCGGACUCUGGACUACGGACAACACGGAAGCCUUGACACUGGGUUGAGGCUGGAACCGGCGCACGGGUCGCCAUCGUUUGUGGAUUGUGAACGCCAUCACUUUGAGGAACAAUUCGUUGGGCUUUGUUCGAGACUGGCGUUGACCAAAGGAUCGCCAUCAUCUUGAGUACGCCAUCACUCCGAGGAACCAUUAGGCUGAUUCGCGCUCAGCCCUUAGCGUCGUCUUAGCGGAACGCCAUCGCUGCCAAUCCGGCUUGGCUUGGACAUCAGCGAAGGAGAAUUUUCUGCAGGUUAGUGAACUCUAGUACUAUAUGUCCAGCCAAGCUAGGAGAUUAUAUCAAACUAACACCUGGAAUUUCUCUGUGUGAUUUGGAUUGUGGACCCUGGCCGAGGUUACGGAUUAAUCGAGGCUGGAUCGGAAAGCCUGUCUGGCUACGACACUUGGACAGAAUCAUCGGCAACAAGUAUCCCUCAUCAUCCUGCCCCAGUGUGCGGCCCAGAAGUGCAACCGUUUGGUGGAACAUUAAGCGUGUUGAAAUCUGACCUGAACAACCGUUCGAGGGUCUUCGGUUGUCCUCGACUGGCUAGUGGACUGAAGGAAUCGACCGGUAUUGGGACUGGUUAUCGCUAUCAAGAUCGACGACCGACAACCCAGGCAGUGAGGAGCAACAAUUUGAUCGUUGGGACUGGUUCAGCACAGAGAGGAAGCGUCGCAUCACUUUCGUCCAGGUAAAUUUACACUUAGUAUAUUGCCGAAGCUAGGCAAACAGAAAUACACUAUAUUGAUUUGGACCCUACCCUCUUCGUGUUACCUCUCUGACCGCUGAGCCCUGCUUGCCCUUUUGGACUCCUCUUCUUUGAGUUUGGAUUCGUUGCUUGAAUUGGAAUUAGGACGGUUUGACUGGUAUCGCUGGAAUCUUUGAUCGUUGGUGCAGUAAUUGUUUCCUGUGGUGAGUUGCAGCAGUAUAUGCCUGGCCGAAGCCAUUCACUCUGGAUACUACACCAAACUAUUUCCUCUUCAUUCACCUUUGCUCGAAUAUUUGCUGCUUUGAGACGAUUUGGGUACAAAACUGCUUGCGUGUUGCUGCAAUGUGGAUCGUUUUGGAUUUGGAGCAUCGUUAUCUGUUUUGUCGGGUAAAUUAAUGCAGUAUAUGCCUAGCGAAGCUAGGUCUACACUCUGCCUACUACACUGCCUGCUUUCCUCUUUGAUCCACAUCAUUGCUGCUGAGUUGUCGUCGAUCGGAUAUCGAGCGUGUGACGUCACGCGGAUGCGGUUCUUUCGUUUGGAGCGCCACUACUCGUUUCUCCGGGUAAAUUGAGAUAGUAUAUGCCUGGCGAAGCUAGGCUUUUGCAGUAUACUACACCGCACCUCUCUCUUUCUGUGCAAAUCGCGAUAUCCGGACAACAACAUGUCACCGAUCGUUGGAGCAACCAAGGCGCCGUCGAUGAGGGCUUUGACGGCAAGGCUGAAGGAGGUCCAGUUGAACUUCAACGACAUCUACCGCUUCGCUCAGGCAUUUUCCGAUGCCAACAGUGGUACUGAAGUGGAAAUUCGCAUGGGCAAACUGGAUGAGCUGUGGGAGGCCUACAGCGAAACCAUGGUGGAGAUCUACGCACACGAGGACUACAAUCCCGAAAAGGCUUCGUUGGAGAAGGAACGUGUGGAGUUCAGCGACCAAUACUACCAGGUCAAGUCCUUCCUUAUGGACAAGAUCAAGGAGCUUCAGAAACCUCCUAUUCUGGAGCAGCCUGUUCGUGCUGCUGAUGGAGCACCAUCGAACACCAGCGACCACGUCCGUCUGCCGCAGAUCAAACUGCAGACGUUCAACGGCGAUAUCGACGAGUGGCUGAGCUUCCGCGACCUAUUCACGUCGCUCAUCCACUGGAAGGUGGAUCUACCGGAAGUGGAAAAAUUCCACUAUUUGAAAGGCUGUCUCCAGGGUGAACCCAAGGCCCUGAUUGAUCCUCUUCCAAUCACGAAGGCCAACUACCAGGUGGCAUGGGACUCGCUGCUGAAGCGCUACAAUAAUAGCAAGCAGCUAAGGAAGCGACAGGUGCAAGGUAUCUUCAAACUGCCCACACUUUCCAAGGAAUCCGGAGCCGAGCUACACAUCCUAGUAGAAGGCUUCGAACGAAUCGUGCAGACCUUGGACCAGGUCGUUCAACCGAACGAAUACAAGGAUCUUCUAUUGGUGAACAUCCUUACAGCACGAUUGGACCCGGUUACGCGUAGGGGGUGGGAAGAGGUCUCAUCCACGAAGGCGCAGGACACCCUAGAGGAUUUGUUCGAGUUUCUGCGGCGUCGAAUUCAGGUUUUGGAGAGUCUUCCACCGAAAUCCACCGAUACUAGGGGUGUCGGUCAGCAGCAACAACAACCAAAAUCGAGGCAACCAUUCAUGAAGGCCAGCUACAGUUCUUCCCAAUCCACCCAGGCGUCUAGGGGACGCUGCGUUGCAUGCUCAUCGGAUCAUCUCCUCUUCCAGUGCAACGAAUUCCAACGGAUGACAGUAUCCAACAGGGAUGGUCUCCUGAGGUCCCAUGGCCUGUGUCGGAACUGUUUCAGGGUGGGACAUCAGGCUAAGGAAUGCCAAUCCAAAUACUCCUGUCGAAACUGUAAGGGGCGCCACCAUACUCUGGUCUGUUUCAAGCAGGAGAAGGAAAAGGAACCCAAGGUUGCGGCAGUUGCUGGGGGCAACAAGCCGUCGAAUUCCAAGGAACAACAGGAAUCCUACUCCCAAGUGGCUAAUGUGGCAGCCACGGAAACUGCAGUAUCCGCUGCAGCUCACCAACAUGCAACUCAGGUUCUUUUGGCAACAGCAGUUGUGAUGAUCGAGGACGACGUUGGCAAUCGUUUCCCCGCUCGUGCACUGUUGGAUUCCGGAUCCGAAAGUAAUUUCAUUACACAGCGAUUGAGUCAACGGUUACAAGUCCAUCGAGAUCGGGUAGACAUUUCGGUGGCAGGAAUUGGUCAAGCGGCUACCAAGGUUCGGCAAAGAAUUCAAGCGGUUCUUCGGUCACGAGUUUCCGACUUCUCUCGUGAGUUAGGCUUCCUAGUCCUUCCAAAGGUCACAGUUAAUCUCCCAACAACCGCUAUCAACACGGAUACAUGGACUCUUCCAAGUGGGAUUCAACUGGCGGAUCCCACAUUCUUCGAAUCGAGCGUGGUGGACCUCGUGCUCGGUAUCGAAUGUUUUUUCGAGUUUUUCGAAUCUGGAAGGAGGAUUUCCCUAGGGGAGCAGCUCCCAGCCCUGACCGAGUCCGUCUUUGGUUGGGUAGUCAGCGGCGGCAUUUCGGUUCCAGCUCGUUCCCUACACAUCAGCUGUAACGUUUCCACGUUGGACAAUUUGGAAGCUUUGCUCACUCGCUUUUGGUCCUGCGAGGAAGUGGGAACUGGCAAAGCCUAUUCACCAGAGGAAGCACGUUGCGAGAAAUGGUUCUCCAGCACGGUUCAACGGGAAAACAGCGGUCGGUACACGGUCGCUUUACCAAGGACGGAAGAUGCUGUGUUACGAUUAGGCGAAUCGAGGGACAUAGCAUUCCGGAGACUCCAAGGGACCGAAAGAAGAUUGGCGCGGGACUCAUCGCUUCGAGAACAGUACGUUGCGUUUAUGGCGGAAUAUCUCGAUCUAGGACACAUGAGAUUGAUAGACGAGGCUUCCGAGACUUCAAUCAAACGGUGCUACUUGCCACACCAUCCCGUGGUAAAAGAAGCUUCAACAACAACGAAGGUUCGGGUAGUGUUUGAUGCUUCGUGCAAAACGGCAACAGGAGUCUCACUAAACGACGUGCUACUGGUGGGGCCGGUAGUUCAGGAAGAUCUUCGAUCCAUAAUCCUCCGCUGUCGGACCAAGCAAAUCAUGUUGGUGUCGGAUGUGGAGAAAAUGUUUCGCCAAAUCAUCGUCCGUCCAGAAGAUCGCCCGCUGCAGUGUAUUCUCUGGAGAAACUCACCAUCGGAAGACGUUCAUACGUUUGAGCUGAACACAGUAACGUACGGAACGAAGCCAGCGCCUUUUCUGGCCACCAGAACACUUCAUCAACUCGCUCUGGAUGAGGAAGGGCGAUUCCCGCUCGCAGCACGGGCAGCCAUGGAAGACACCUAUAUGGACGACGUCAUUACGGGUGCAAACGAUGCGAAAACCGCCACGGAAUUGCAAAGGCAACUAAAUAUUAUGUUGCCAGGAGGAGGUUUUCAACUACGGAAAUGGGCGUCCAACUGCCCGUUAGCACUAGCAGGAGUUCCCGAAGAAAACUUGGCCAUCCGUACUCCAGAGGGCAUCAAUCUGGAUCCAGAUCCUUCAGUCAAAACCUUGGGGUUGACCUGGUUUCCUUCUUCGGACAUCCUCGGGUUUCAGUUCACUAUUCCCACUCUGGACCCUGGCACAAUCCUCACCAAGCGGACCAUAUUGUCUGUGAUCGCGACCCUAUUUGACCCUCUAGGCCUCCUAGGAGCAGUAAUUACCACGGCCAAGGUUUUUAUGCAACAGCUAUGGACAAUUCGGGACGAAAACGGGCAACCGCUCGACUGGGACCAGGCCGUACCACCAACGGUGGGUGAGGCGUGGAUAAAUUUCCACGAACAACUACCGCUUCUCAAUCAACCACGCAUCGAACGUUGCGUAAUCAUCCAGGAUGCAGUUGAUAUUGAAAUCCACUGCUUUUCCGACGCCUCGGAGAAGGCUUACGGGGCCUGUCUGUAUAUCCGGAGUAAAGAUGCAGAAGGAAGGGUAAAGGUUCGACUUCUGGCUUCCAAAUCUAAGGUUGCUCCAUUAAAAUGCCAGACCAUUCCUCGAUUGGAGCUUUGCGGAGCGGUAUUGGGCGCAGAACUUUUCCAGAAGGUCCGUGAUUCCAUUAGAAUAGCAGCAAUCUCUUACUUCUGGACAGACUCCACGUGCGUCCUUCGGUGGAUCCAGGCUCCUCCAACCACUUGGACGACAUUUGUUGCCAAUCGUACAGCGAGAAUACAAACUAUCACUGAGGGCUAUCAGUGGAGUCAUGUUCCUGGCAUACAAAACCCAGCAGAUCUGAUUUCCCGAGGUGUUACACCCCAAGAUAUCCUGGGAAACGACUUCUGGUGGCAGGGACCAGCCUGGUUGCAGGAAAGUUCGGAGCAAUGGCCCAAAUCACCGGAAAUCUCACCAGGAGAAGCAGAAAUAGAAAAAAGGCGAACAGUUAUCGCAGGAACGGCGGUUUCCACAGUCGCCGAGUUUAACCAGGAGUACUUUCGGAAGUUUUCGUCGUAUUCCGAUCUCGUUCGCCGCACUGCAUACUGGUUACGUUUAAUGAAACUACUUCGACUGCCACCUUCAGAAAGGAAAGACCUAGGAUUUCUGUCUACGUUCGAGCUCCGGGAAGCGGAAAAUACUUUGGUUCGUUUAGUACAGAGAGAAGUAUUCAUCGAGGAGCUGAAGGCGCUGUCCAAAGGUGAACCUGUUGCAAAAGGGUCAUGUCUACGCUGGUACAAUCCUUUUCUCUCGAAAGAUCAACUGCUCAAACUUGGAGGACGGCUAAAACAUUCCUUGGAAUCAGAAGAAGCGAAGCAUCCCGCCGUUCUACCAGCGCGACAUCCAUUCACUCGACUACUUCUUCAGCACUAUCACCAUCGCUUGCUGCAUGCGGGACCACAGUUGAUGCUGAGUGUGGUGAGGCUCCGGUUUUGGCCGUUAGGAGGAAGGAGUGUCGUUCGGAACAUCGUAAAUAAAUGCCAAAAAUGCUUUCGUACCAAGCCAUCGACCAUACAACAGUUUAUGGGAGAUUUGCCAGCGGCCCGAGUAACUAUUUCCCGGCCCUUUUCGAAUACUGGUGUCGACUACUUCGGACCUGUUUAUCUCCGCCCCAUCCCACGCCGUGCUGCAGUCAAGGCCUACGUGGCAAUCUUUGUUUGUCUGUGUACUAAGGCGGUUCAUCUAGAACUCGUGUCCGACUUAUCCACUGACCGUUUUCUGCAGGCGCUUCGCCGAUUUGUUGCGCGGAGAGGUCGCUGCGUAAACAUUUAUUCCGACAAUGGCACAAAUUUCGUCGGCGCACGCAAUAAACUACAAGAUCUCUUGUCAUUGUUGAAGAACCACGACCACAAUGAGGCUAUAUCCAAGGAAUGUGUCAAGGAUGGCAUUCAAUGGCACUUCAUCCCACCGAGCGCUCCCCAUUUCGGAGGCUUAUGGGAAGCAGCUGUACGUUCGUCCAAACACCAUCUACUGCGAGUAUUGGGUGACACACCAGUAUCGCCCGAAGACUUCAGCACGUUGCUUACCCAGGUCGAAGCUUGCCUCAAUUCCCGCCCCCUCACGCCACUAUCCGACGACCCCAACGAUCUCGAACCACUGACUCCUGCUCAUUUCCUGAUCGGUUCUUCGCUACAGUCGAUCCCUGAACCCGAUUUAGGAGAACUUCCCGUGAAUCGUUUGAACGUCCUUCAACUCACACAAAGGCGGUUGCAAGAUUUUUGGAAGAGAUGGCGCAGGGAAUAUCUCUGCCAGUUACAAGCCAGGACCAAACGGUGGCAGCCAGCAGUUCAAAUUGAUGUAGGCCAGCUGGUGGUCAUCAAGGACGAUAAUCAACCACCCAUGAAAUGGAGAAUGGGUCGCAUCAUCGAAGUUCAUCCCGGUAGAGACGGAGUUGUUAGGGUAGUAACCCUUAAAACUGCCACCGGUUCCUUAACCCGACCGGUUGAGAAACUUUGCAUCCUGCCGCUUCCUGAAGAUGACAGCACGAAGCCAAGUGAAACAACCGAUCCACCUCAGUAGCCACAUACCCCUUUCCUAUCAUCCCAUCCCGUCGAAGAGGAUUUAUUUCUAUUUGCAGAAAUUCGACGAAUUUCAGGGUGGGUGAGGGUGUUCGAGUGCACGAUGGACCCCAAGCUACAACCCUGCCACCACAAACAACCCAUACGGUCAACAAUGGCAUUCCAAUCGGCUAGCCAGCAUCUACCUAGAUGGUACAGCGACGUUCAGCUACCUGCACCUAACCGAACCACUAACCGACCAACGUAAAGAUCAAGCUCUCGCAGUGGUAACGAUCAUAUGAUCUCCCAAUGCGAUCUCCAGCAUCCUGCUCAAAUCCAUCACCAUCAUCGUCAUCACCAUCAUCAACCGCCGUAGGAGUGAUAAGGAGGGCUGGACCUUGGUGAUAAGAGAAAUAAAAUUCGCUCAUGAGAACUAGGGCACAAAUCAUCGCAUCGAGUGUUCAGAGGACUGACGGACCGGACGAGUCGGAGCGAUAGUCAGUCCACAUCCAACCGGCAACCAACCACCAUUGGCAGCGGAGCCACGGCCGUUUUAAAUCUCGUUCGUUUGUAAAUCUCGUAUUUUAGUGUGUUAGUUGAUAAGAAGUAAUUAAAUAGUUGAUAAGUACAAUAAACCCAAGUUUGCAUGUCCGCGAGUUUCUGGAAUAAAGUGCCGUGUUUAAAUCAACGUCGCGAGUUUCGCGUGUCAAGUCAAGUACGAUGUUAGUUUAGGAAA